AUGGCGUCUGUAUCUUCCCGGCCGUCGCCAAACUCUUCAUCCCCCUACGACUUCGAAUCCGCCCCCGAGACCGACGAGACAUGGCAGUAUAUCGACUACACGGCCUCGAGCUCUGGCCCGUCUUCCAUCGGAUUUCUGUCUGACCCUGCCAGUGGAAGCUUGGGUAGCUUUGCCAUGAUUGGAAACGUUCAUGGAAACUCGCCCUCUCCUUACAUCUCUGGAAAUACUCCAUCUUCCUACGUUGCUGGCAGCACACCCUCUCCCUACAUGGCCGGCAACACACCAUCCCCGUAUGUGUCAGGGAACACAUCCUCACCCUUUGUACCAGUCAACACUCCCUCACCAUACGUCUCUGGGAACGACCCCUCCCCUUCAGCAGCCUCUCCCCUCCUCCUCGGGGAGAUGGACCAGACCGCCUUCUUCUCCAGUAACCCAUCGUUCCCCUCGCAGUCCGAGAAUGGCAACUCAGACAUGUUUGUGACAGCAACCACAACAGCAGAUGGAGGCUUCGGCCCUGCGCAGGGCUUCAUGACCCCCCAGCAGUACCUCUUCCCGCAGCAGCAGCAACAGGAUGCGAGCCAGUUCUCGCCCCAGGGUUUGAACGGUAUGCUGGUGGCGCAGAGGACGGGCCCCAGUACGCGGCAGGGUGCUGAUGAGACUGCAGACAUGACCCUCAUCAACAACUUUGGCGCCGACAUGUUCUCGACCGGCUCGGGUGAGCAGGUUCAGGUGCCCCAAGUCGACCUCAACAUGCCACAGCCGCUGCAGUCGGAUCCAAACGUCCCGCCGUGGAACCCUACUAACACGAGGGGCGGCGAAGGCAUCUUCAUCAUGGAUGACUUUAGCAGCUCGCCUUCCCCCAAGAGCAUUCACUCACAGAGCUCUCUCUCUAGUAACAAGGCCAGCUACGGCAGCAGCAGCGGUAAAUCAUCAACUCAGAUCCGCAAGGUCAAGACAGGCAAGGUUGAGAAGAAGAAGACUGAGCAGUCGGGCAAGUUUGUCAUUGUGACCCCCAACUCCAUCUCGGCUCACGCCGGCCGCCCGAACCCCUUUGAAUGCUUCGAGGCCAUGGCUCGCACCAGUCAGCGAGGCCGAAAGGGCCCCCUGGCGAAUGCCACCAAAGAGAACGCCCUGCAGGUUCGGAGGGUGGGAGCUUGCUUCUGCUGUCACAGCCGCAAGGUCAAGUGUGACAAGGAGAGGCCCUGCAAGAGCUGCAAGAAGCUCAUGAUUCAAGUCCCUCAGGUAGUCUGCUGGCAGUUCCAGGACUUUGUGCCCAUCCUGUUCCCAGACUUUAUCCGUGGUCAUCUGCGUAAGGAGGUCAUGACCAAGUUUACUGCUGAGAGCAUUGUCAGCUUCCAGGUCAAUGGAGUCGAGCAGGGCUGCUCUGUCGAGCUCUUCUCUGGAGGCAGGUUCCAAGCGGUCCUCGCCAUCGAGGCCAAGUUCUUCACCCCGAAGACCCCUGACAUCAUCCAGCACUGGCACAUGGUCAAUGUAGGACCGGACCGUGUUGAGCUGCAGUCCAACGGAGCCGCAGCCAUUGCCGUCGAGCUCGAGAAGACGGCCGAGAGGGACAGCCUCAAGAAGAGGACAAAGAAGUACAUUCAGGAGCUCAUCACCGAGCCUGGCUUUGUGGACCAGGUGACGGAAUCCUUCCGCUCCACUCAACUCCCAAGGAAGAUUCUUGGAAUCAUCAAGCAGUACGCCGAUGAGACCGAGUCCCUCAUGGUCAAGCGCGCCCUGUCCAUCUACUGUAUGCACUACAUCAUGACCCGACAGCUCUGCCUCACCCGGCACACGGUCGACUCGCUGCGGUCUACUGGCAUGAUCGCCCAGAACGACGGCUUCGUGACGCCCCGCAUGCUCGCACGGCAGAUCAAGUCAGUCGUAGACGAGCUUAUGUUGCGCGAGAUGCAGCAGCUGUUUGAGCUCUUCUCCAAGUCGCUCAAGCCCAAGAUCCGGCGCGAGUGGGCUCCCUGUACCGCCGCCUUCCUGGUGCUCUGCCUCUUCAUGGAGGCGGUCGAAACGGCGGCCGACACCUUUGUCGUGGCGGGCAACGAGAUCAGCAUGAGGAACAGCGCGCGACCCGAGUACGACCGCAGCGUGGCCCUCAACACAUGCAAGGAGGUCGAGAACAUGCCCUUCAAGCAGUUCGCCUACCAGUUCCACCAGGUCUACCAGACGCACACCAAGGAGGCCAACGCAAAGAGCUUCAACCCGCUGUUUGACAGCAGCUUUGCCGAGCAGGGCGAGCUGGACGGACCCGCCGUGACGUUUGCGGCUCAGCUCAGGGAGCUCUUCUUUGGCGAGGACUGGUUAGAGUUGCAGUUCCUGGCGGCCAACGAUAUCCUCCCCAACAGCGGCAGUCACCCGUUCCCUAUGAGCCCGGAGACCUUGUACACGGGUCGACUCGUGGCCAAGUUUCUCAUGUCCUUCACCGAUGACAAGGCCAUCUUUGGAGACUCUGUUUGA